UACCCAUCAUUUUAUGCUCACAAAAGUUAAUUUAUAGUAUUUUUAAUUUUGUGUUGUUUUUAUUUUUAGUCUGUGAUAGCCUAUAAUAAUCAGUUUAUGUUAUUUAUGCAGUUAAAAUUCAUUGCUGUGCCCAGUAGUGAGUUCACAAUGAGCAAACAAACAUAAGUUUGAUUUUGUCUUCUUUGUUCCCCAGAGAGUUAUCAUGACCCCAUGACCACCAUUAAUAGUGAUAGAGUGUCAAAACAGUGACUAUUUAGGUGUAUUACUUUUUUCAAAACUUUUACAGCUUUUACAUUUGACGCACAGUUCAACCUUUCCUGCACUUGUAUUAAAGGCAAACAGAAAUUGAAAAGAGUUCUCGGCUUUUAACACAUUCAGCAGCUAACAAAAAAACCCUACUUUCUUGGCUGAAACCGUUUUUAAAGGUGACUCAGCUGUCUGGAGUUUAUCAUGUUAGCUCCAGGACUGGUUUAUUUUUAUCCUUGCGCUGUUGAAGCUCAUGUGUCACCCUGGGCCACUUAAAGGUUUAUCACAGGGGUCUAUAAGGCCUCCACUGAUCGCAGAUUUAGGAGUCAGAGGGAGGCCUGUAUGUGUGUAUGAACACAUUCCUGGGCUUUGGACGAGAACACGUGGAGAGACAUUAUCGCAAAACAGGACAGAGCGUUUACAUGCACCUCAAACGACAUGUCAAAGAGAAAGCCACAGGAGCUGCAGGAGGCGCCAUCCCCAGACGAAGAAAUGGAAAAGUGUUUCUUGACUUAGAGCUCAACCGUGAUUUUAAUGGAGAGGACUAUGAAUAUGAGGACGAGGCCAAGCUUGUCAUUUUUCCAGACCACUUCGAGAUCCCCUUGCCAAAUAUUGAGGAGUUGCCCGCUCUGGUGACCAUCGCCUGUGACGCAGUGCUCAAUGCACCAUCAGCUUACAAGAAACAGGAGCUUGAAUCCUGGGAGGAGGAGAUCCAGGUGUCCAGACAUGCCAGGAGCCUCAGACAGCUGGAUAAUGGGGUCAGGAUCCCUCCCAGCGGCUGGAAGUGUCAGAAGUGCGAGAUGAGAGAAAACCUGUGGCUGAACCUGACGGAUGGUGCAGUGCUCUGUGGGAAGUGGUUCUUUGAUGGGAGCGGAGGCAACGGCCAUGCUCUGGAGCACUACAAAGAGACCAACUACCCCCUGGCUGUCAAACUGGACACCAUCACACCAGAUGGAGCAGAUGUCUACUCGUUUGAGGAGGAGGAAGCUGUUUUGGACCCCCACAUAUCAGAGCACUUGUCACACUUUGGAAUAGACAUGCUGCAGAUGCAGAAAAGAACAGAGAAUGGCCACCACACAGACAACAGCUCCCAGCUGCGGGUCAGUGAAUGGGAGGUGAUCCAGGAGUCGGGCAUGAAGCUGAAGGCGGUGUUUGGUUCUGGGUACACGGGCAUCAAAAACCUGGGAAACAGCUGCUACCUCAGCACAGUGAUGCAGGUCCUCUUCAGCAUCCCAGAUUUCCAGAGAACGUAUGUGGGAAAUCUUCAGAGGAUAUUUGACUAUUCACCACUUGACCCCAGCCAGGACUUUGCCACACAAAUGGCUAAACUGGGACAUGGACUGCUCUCAGGCCAGUACGCCAAACCACCCAUGAAAUCUGAGCUCAUUGAACAGGUGAUGAAAGAAGAACAGAAGGUAUUAAACUGGCACCAGCAGAAGGGCAUCUCUCCACGCAUGUUGAAGGCCCUGGUCAGCAGGGGACAUCCAGAGUUUUCCUCUAACAGACAACAAGAUGCCCACGAGCUCUUCCUGCACAUGAUCAACCUGGUGGAGAGGAACAGCGCGGGCUCCGAGAAUCCAAGCGAUGUCUUCCGCUUCCUGGUGGAGGAGCGAGUUCAGUGCUGCCAGACACGUCGGGUUCGUUACACUCAGCGGGUGGACUACUGCAUCCAGCUGCCAGCCCCCAUAGAGGCGGCCACCAAUCGCGAGGAGCUGCUUGCGUACGAGGCCAAGCGGAAGGAUGCUGAGGAGAACAUGCGGGCUCCUCCUGAGCCAGUGAGGGCCCGGAUCCCCUUCACCGCAUGUGUGCAGGCCUUCACAGAGCCGGAAAACGUCCCCGACUUCUGGAGCUCAGCGCUGCAGGCCAAGUCAGCUGGAGUCAAAACGUCCCGUUUUGCCUCCUUCCCAGAGUAUUUGGUUGUGCAGAUCAAGAAAUUCACAUUCGGGGUUGACUGGGUGCCAAAGAAAUUAGACUUGGCCAUAGAUGUCCCAGACUUUCUGGAUCUGAGCCGGAUGCGGGCCACAGGGCUGCAGCUGGGUGAAGAGGAGCUGCCUGAUCUCAUGCCUCCCAUUGUGCUGCCAGAAGACACCAGAGAUAACUCCAUGAGCUCCAUCGACUCUCCAGAAAUAGACGAGACGGCAGUAAUGCAGCUGGCAGAGAUGGGCUUCCCGCUGGAGGCCUGUAGGAAGGCGGUCUACUACACAGGAAACAUGGGCCCCGAAAUGGCCUUCAACUGGAUCAUAGCCCACAUGGAGGAGCCGGACUUUGCAGAACCUCUCACUCUGCCCUCUAUGAUUGAUCCUGGUCCCUCCACCAGCGACAGCCCCAUGGGUGCCACCCCGUUUGGCAGCUCACCCCCUGAGGAGAGCAUCGCCAUCCUCACAUCCAUGGGCUUCCCCCGCACUCACAGCAUCCAGGCACUCAAAGCCACGAACAAUAACCUCGAACGAGCACUCGACUGGAUUUUCACCCACCCAGAGGAGGAGGAGAGUGACGCCCUGUCAGACAUGGCUGACACGGAGCCCAACGACAACGCCUUCUCCAACGCAAACUCACACAGCGACUCCACGCUGUCCCCAGACAGAGACACGACGGGUCCGCGGAUCAAAGACGGACCAGGACGUUAUGAGCUCUUUGCUUUCAUCAGCCACAUGGGAGCAUCAACAAUGUCUGGUCAUUAUGUUUGUCACAUCAAAAAGGAGGGAAGGUGGGUGAUCUACAACGACCACAAAGUGUGUUUGUCAGAAAGGCCUCCAAAAGACUUGGGCUACAUCUACUUUUACCAUCGACUGUCUAGCAGUUAAACUAAAGUUACCCCCCACCACCACCUCCACAGUGCAACCUUUUAAAGAACCGCAGUCUUUCACUCCGAAGACUGGCAGACAAGUGUAAUAACAGCCACAGCGGAAAUGAUGGAAAGAACCUCUCAGACCGGCUGCUCGCCUUACCGUGACGUCAUUCAGUGAGCAGCCGGGAUCACUGGUCAGAAAGGGAAAGCGAUGUGCUUUUUUGUGCAUUUAUGUUAUGUCAUGCUUUAAAUGUAUAUUUCAGUAUUUAUGUUUAAGAAAAGACAUUUUCUGGAUUGUGGAGAUUCAGAGGGAUGUGUGCAAUUUCUACUUCUGGAGUGCUCUGUACACAAAAUAAUGUUGCAUAUCAACUCUCAUUGUUCCUUCUCUAUGCCUUCAGCCACUGUGCCAGGAUUUUCAAAGUGGUACUUUUUAUAAAUUCAUAUCGAAACAGGAGUGUUUCACUGCCAGCCCUUAAAUGCUUUGAAAUUGCAACAAACAAACAAGAAAUGACUGUGCUGCUGGUGGUUUUGCAUUUUACAUUGAAAUGCAAAAGAAUGUUUCUCAUGCAGAGGAAAUUGAUAGGACACCAACAUUCUUGAAGGAGCGCACCAGGAAAGCUACGAGUUGGUGUUAAAAUACAGUGGCUCAGACAUGUCCCAGUUUUACCUGGCGACGACCUCCAACUUUACUGUCCGAGUUGUCGCGAAACAAGUAUUUUUCGUUCCCUGAAAGCACUUUUUGACUAAAUCCAGUUCAUGUUUUGCACUUGAUGCGGCUGAUGUGGACAUUUUAUUCACCAGCUGUAAGCAAUUGAAUGUGAUAUCUUAAACUCCAUCUUCAGUACAGCUGAGCUGGUCAUUAGUCCAAAAACAUCACAGUAUUAAUGAUGCCUAUUGCAGACAAAGCUGUGUUUACUGUAAGAUGGCCAUCAAAUCACCAGUGUACACAUAAGUUAUAUAGGAGUCCUUAAUCCUGCUGUGAAAUUCUUUCAUUAAUUAUGAAUGCCUGAAUUGCAAAAUAAUUGCAAAGUAGGCAGGACUUUUCCCCUCAGCUGCAGAUGGUCCAGUUUGGUCCCUUUAUCACGUUGACAGAUUCAGACUAUGACCUAAAACUUAGGAUGAAUGUUUUCUUUGACCUGUUGUCACUUUAAAAAAAACAAAAAACAAAAACAGGUCAGUUAAUUCAGUUAUGCAUCACGUAAAGCAAUAUAUGCAUCACAACCAAAUCUACUCUUGAACCUGCUGUAUGAUAAACAGUGUACAAUGAGCUGCUUCUUCUCUAAAAUGUGCAUUCUUGAACUAUCAGACAUGUUGCAGUGGUGAUUGUACAGCUUCACGGUGCUCACUGCAACCAAAACCUCCUGUUCAGUUUUAAUACUCAGAAACCGCGGUGAACGAGGAGACCGGCCCUGUGCUGUUUGGUCACUGUAACCUCAUGCUGGAUUAUCCAUCAACUCCAUACUCAUUUAUCUCCUCCCUGCGUUCAUAAUGUGUCGGACACAUCGUCACAAACAUCUCAUCAUUCUUGUUGAGGUUCUCUCUUUAAAACUGAAGCUACUUGUACGCGACGUAGAACCGGGUUUGAAUCUGCUGCAUAAUAUUACAAAGUGUUGGCAUUUCAAUGACACAAACUUUAAUUUCCAGUUUGGUGACUCUAGCAUGCUGUGAAACUGUCUUUCACUCAAUUUUGCACUUUUGGGUGCAUAUUUUAAAGGGGAGUUCUGCUGCUAAAAGGACUUUCUGAAGUUUACAGUGUUCUGCAAAGUCAUAAAUGUGAUGUUCAAGGGGAAUACUUUGACAAUAAAUGGAUAUUUGUGAGAGGGCUGAAAGAAAAGAGAUGGUAUAUUUUAUUGCAUCUCUAUUAAACAUCAAAAACUGUGGAAGAUGGUGAAGGAAAAUGAUUGUCCUUAAAAAUGUCCUUCGACAUUUGCAUUUCAGGAAAGUCAUAGUGUCUUUAUUGAAAUGCAAGCUGAUGUCUCCAGAAAAAUAUCUAUAUGGAAGUGUCCAUCUUUGAGUGAUGCUCCCCUUUAACGACACUGUGCCUAGACAUCACUAAGUUUUAUUCAAUCUCGACCCCUCGGCUUCAUCAGAUACUACUUGAUAAACUGCUGCAGUGAUCAUUGUCUAUGCAGCGGGGAAUUUAAAAGGUCUCUCUAUGCAAGUCUUGUGUUUCUGCUGUUCUUCCCAUAAAAAGUGUUUUGUUAGACACUAAAUGUGUCCUCAUGUAAAACUGUGGUCGAAAAAUCUGUUUUUCUGCUCUUCGUCAUCAGGAAAUGGGUGAUAAACUUAAGAUGUUUAGUCAUAAAUGUCUUCAGGUAUUCUGUGUAAUUCAUUUUGUUCCUCAGCACCUUUUGUUCUUCCACACCUUGCUUCUUUGUAUUUUUGUCUUUUUGUUUCUGCUUUCCCUCCAGUUUGGUCUCUUCCAUUCUUUCUCCUCUACAUUGUUAAACCUUAAUGGUUCAGUUUGUCACCAAAAAAACAAAACAAAAAAAAAAAAACAACCUUUUUCACUGUCAGCAUGUGUGCUAGACGUUGACAUUUAGUCAUUUGGAUGGUACAGUUGUACUUUUGUGAGUUUUAUUCUCCUUUUUAUUUCAUUUAACUAAAUGUCAAAAAGGUUUUUCACUUGUUUUUACUCUGUUGCCUUUUUUGCAAACAAGUUUGUGCCAGUCCUGUAGUUUUCAUUACAUAGCUUUCCUGAAGGGAUGAUUUUAAGUUGACUUUUGUAAUGUAUUUAUCCAAAUAUGGCUUAGGUGUAUGUGAAUAGAGUAAUGACAGUAUACUCAAUGGCACUGUUUACUUAAGAGGUUUGGAUAAUUUAAUAAACUACACCUUUGUUGAGACCGGGUUUCUUUGAGAAGGGACAACAAACUGCA